CUUGUUUACAUAACACUCACUAUCUUACCUAUCUAGCACCCCCACAAACCCAAAAUUAUGGCAUCCAAAAUUCAUGCUUCUGCUUUUAGCACCCAAGAGUGUGCCUUCACUAACAGUGGGAAAUUAACAGAUAGGCCAAGAGUGGCCAAAAUCCAUGGCUCAGUAAGGGCUCAAGCUCAAGCUGUGGUCACGAGCACUCCUCACAAGACUUUGAGGAUCUCCAAGUUGCCUGAUGAAUUGACCACUUCAGUGAUCACGACCAGACAUUUCCUCAUAGAAACACCUCUUCAAGUCCCUAAGAGCCAACCCAUCAAUUUACCAGGCAAGUUUGGUAAAUUUGGAGGCAAGUUCGUACCUGAAACACUCAUUGCUUGUCUCCACCAGCUUGAAGCUGAGUUCACAAAAGCCAUUCACGAUGAUGACUUUCAGGAAGAGCUAGAGGAGGCACUCAGAGACUUCGUUGGGAGAGAGACACCCCUGUAUCAUGCUCGGAGGUUGACAGAGUUCUACAAGAGCAAAAAUGGCGGCCAAGGACCGGAGAUUUUCCUCAAGAGAGAGGAUCUCUGCCACGGUGGCUCCCACAAGAUGAAUAACGCUCUUGCUCAGGUCAUGAUCGCCAAACGCAUCGGCCGGAAACUCGUCGUGACAGCCACAGCCUCUGGCGACCACGGGCUCGCUACCGCCUCCGCAUGCGCCAAACUGGGAUUGGACUGCAAAAUCUUCAUGGCCACAAAAGACAUGGAACGACAACAACCCAAUGUUCAGUUGAUGAACUUGUUGGGUGCUCAGGUUGAAGGGGUGAACGGGCAGUUUAAAGAUGCAGCAUCGGAGGCUAUCAGGGAUUGGGUGGGCAACAUGGAAGGAAGCUACCACCUGACGGGGACGGCGGUGGGGCCCCACCCGUGUCCCACCAUGGUCCGAUACUUUCAGUCGGUGAUAGGGAGAGAGACGAGGAGGCAAGCUCUGGAGAAAUGGGGAGGUAAACCUGACGCGCUGGUGGCUUGCGUGGGAACAGGGUCCAAUGCGCUGGGCUUGUUUCACGAGUUCAUCGGAGAUGCGGACGUGAGGCUGGUCGGAGUAGAAGCCGGAGGUUUAGGGCUGGAGAGUGGAAGACACGCGUCGACUUUGUCUAAGGGAUCCGUGGGUGUUUAUCACGGAGCCAUGAGCUACCUUCUUCAGGACGAGUAUGGCCAGACCAUCGAACCACACUCCAUUGCGGUGGGGAUGCAGUACCCAGCGGUGGGUCCAGAGCUAAGCCAUCUGAAAGAAACAGGGCGUGCGGAGUUCUACUCAGUAACAGACCAAGAAGCUCUUGAUGCAUAUGAAAGAGUGUGCAGACUGGAAGGGAUAUGGGCGUCGUUGGAGGCGUCACACGCAUUAGGGAUAUUGGAGAAGCUGAUUCCGACUUUAGCAGAUGGAGCGAAGGUGGUUGUGAAUUGCAGUGCCCGUGGAGACGAAGACGUUGAGACAGUCUACAAACACAGACAGUUUGAUGGAUCCCUUAAACGUACCACGGCUCUUCAAGCUGAGCUUGACCACCGCAACCAACUCAUGCCUGCUUCAUCUUGAACAUGUGUUUUAGUAUGCCUUGUGGGCCCCUUCAAUUCAUGUAAAGUCACUAUGACAUCAAAUUGAUCAUCAUGCUAAGAAAAAAUAUAUUAUUUAUCAAAAUACUACAUCUUGUAAAAUAAUUACCA